AUGGCGUACAGAGGCCUCUUCGUCUCGCUGGUGGACUCGGUGCUUCGAGCCAACGACCCCGAGAAGCAGAAGCUCUUCUUCGUGACCUACCCGCAGUACGGCACACCGUACGACUUGCUCAACACCCUGCAGGAGUCGCUGAAGGCCAACGAACACAAGGACGAUGGCCCCGCCUUCAUGAAUCUAGUGGGCGCCUUCCUUCAACGAUGGGUCGAAAACUGCCCCGACGACUUUGAGAACGACAAGAGGCUCGGGGAGGACCUGCUCAGCUUCGCCCGAGAGAAGCUUAGCGCCGGCAUUACGAACCACCUCAAGCUCAAGUACCUUCGCUGCGUUGCUGGGCCUACUCCACGCGCGGCCAAGCAAGACGCGGCUGUGGUGAGCACCCCCUUCAGCAGCGUUCGGUCAAAGGACAUCGCCUGCUAUUUGACGCUCAUCGACUGGAGGUACUUCUCCGCGAUUCGAGCUACCGAGCUCUUCGACAACGCCUGGCAGAAACCCAACAAGAACGAGCUCGCCCCCAAUAUCACCGCGCUCGCUCAGAGGUUCAACACCAUAAGCCUGUGGCUCGCCGAGUCGGUGAUUGAUAGCUACGAGCGCAAUGCCCACACCGCCGUGGUGGAGAAGAUCAUUGAAGUACUCAAGGAGUUGUUCAAGAUGAAUAACUUCAGCUCGGGCAUGGCUGUGCUGUCGGCCCUCAACAACUCGUCGGUCCAGCGAUUGCGAAACCUGUGGACCGCGGUGAGGAAGGAGCACAGGGACCUCGUCAACCAUUUCGAGCUCUUCAUGGGGAUGACCGACAACUUCAAGAACUACCGGCGGCACUUGCGGAAGCUGCAGCAGGCCACCAGCGACAUGACGCGCGCCAACCGGAAGACACCGCUGAUCCCCUUCCUAGCGCUCUUUCUGCGGGACAUCACCUUCAUCCGCGACGGCAACUCCGAUACCAAGGACUACCAAAUCAACAUGGAGAAGAUCGAGUUGCAGGAGUGGCAGCGAACGCCGUUCACGCUCAACUUCACACGCGACGAGGCCUAUUAUAAAUUCUUCGAGCAGUUGGUGGCGCCCACGGAGGACCAGCUCUUCCGCAGGUCGCAGAAGCUGCAGCCGGGCACGCUGGAGAACGUCUUCUCGGCCAUCUCCACUCCCCCGGAAACACUUCCGCAACAAAAGAGUGAAGAGGACACCAUCUCCUUGGGUUCGUACGUCGACAUUAGGGCCGACAAGCUGCUCUUCAACUGCGAAUACUCUGAAGUGCUCACGGAGGACCUGAGUGUGGGCGAGGCCGAGGACCUGCUGCGCGACGCCGGCAUGGACAACAUCAUCGACUUUGAGCUGGACAAGGUCCAGGGCAUGCUGGAACCCUCCAGCCCUCAGCGAUAUCUCAGAUAUCUGAGCUCCGAGUCCCCCAAGCUCAGCGACAGCGGCAGCUUCAUCAGUGCUGUUCAAAACGUGGAUAUUAACACAUGGCAAUUCGAAGACGUGGCUGACUGGCUGCGUCGGGUCUACCUGUCCAACUACAUUGCUGCAUUUGCGGCCGCCCAAGUGGAUGGCCCUCAGCUGCUGCAGGUCGACCACAAGCUGCUGUCGACCUUUGGCAUCUCCUCCUUCAAAGACAGGAAAAUGGUGUUGACGCUGAUCGAGAAGCUCAAGGCCGAUCACGGCAUCGCGGUGCCUUCGCGUACCCCGUCGGAAUGCGCGGUCACCGAGCCCAAGGACGUCAUGAGCGAGGCCUCGACGGCCUCCGCCUCGGACGCCACCUCGACUGCCGCCACCAGCGGGUGCAGCAGCAGCAUCCUCAGCCGAUCCCGCAAAGAUAGCGAAGAGAACGACCAGCAGGUCGACGAUAUCAGGAAGCGGAAGAAAAGAAUCACGAAGAGCAAGAAGGGCAAGAAGACGACCGAUGUGCAGACCGAACGGGUGGGCCAGUCCGCCGAAGCAGAGCCGGCGGUCCCCUCACUGGACACCACCACCGACGCCACCCCAUCGCCGCCGCCGACGACGACGACGACUGCGCCGACACGUCGUCCCUCCUCGCUCUUCCGAAACUUCUCCAAAUCGGCGGUGGGAGCCGCGCCCGAGGCCGGCUCCGCCCCGCAGGUCGACAUCGGCGCGCUGGGCGGCGCCACGCUGGUGAUCUGCUGCGAGCACGACAAAUGGGACUGCGGCAAGCUCGGCCCGGUCUCCUACGACAAGCUCGUGCAGCUCAUCCUGGAAAGACACGGGCACAUCUUCGCCUCGGCGAGCGAGGUGGGCGUCGUGUGCGCGGGGCUCAAGAAGAAGGGCGUGAGCGUCAGAAACGACAAGGACCUGCGAAAGGUCAAGAUCCUGACCAAGGAGCGCAACGAGAAGAUCGUCGUCUUCAACGCCACCAAGCGGCACUGA